CACAGGUUUUAACCCUGAUGUGGCACUCUGAGACUGUUUUCAGUUUAAGUGAUUUAUGUGAACAGGAAAUUAAAUGUAAUUGGGAAAUGCAGCAUCUCUUCACUGUGAAGCAGGUAUGGGUUAAACCAGGCCUUCUCAAACGGAGGAGCUUUGACCACCCAAGGCGGCAGUGGCUCUCAUCUAAGGGGCCGGGACCCGCUAUAGGGACUCAGAAAACUUCUAAGAGGGCCACAAAAGAAUUUCUUAUUAAUGUAUUUAAUUUCAAUAUUAUAAUGAAUAUAUUACAACAAUCUAAUUAAAAUCGCUUAAGCAUCCCAUUAUAAUUAUUAAUCGUAGUUUCUUUAAAACAAAAUAUAUAGCUGUCUUUAUAUUUUGCAAGGGGAUUAUGUUUACUAGCAAGUGGAAUUAAAAAGAUUGAAAAUCACUAGUUUACAGGAUCACCAUCCCCGUUGUUAAAUUGAAACUUUAUUGAUAGUCUCAAAGGUGAAUUUGGUUUUAAGUAAAACUCAAAAGAGCAUUAUUUUCUUUCUAUUUUAGAAAUGUUCUAAUAGCCUAUUGGUUAAAGAAAGCCGUUAGUCCCACCUCCAAGCUGUGAUUGGUUAACAGAACUGUCCGUCACCUGACCUCUCUGUUGCUGUGAUGGUGCCUGGAGUCCUCGCGCGUCACAUUCAGGCUAAUGACACGCACCGAGUUAAAAACAACUGAAUGAUCCCGCAACACAUAACGCACAAUAAUUCACCGAUUCAACGCUUAAGAAAGGUAAACGGGAAUCCUUUAGUUUAGUCCCUACUGUUUAAAUUGGAGACUUAAGGGCCACUAAAAAAGGCAUGGAUUAGGAUCUCUGUACACGCUAAUCCCAGAAAGACGACUGUAGAGUGAGUCAACAGCACCACAGAUACACACCGAGGUGAACAAAUGAGAGGGAGUGGCUGUUUUCCAUGUGGGACCCUAUUUCUGAAUGAGCCACCAAGCAAAGAUGUUAAAUGAGAGGAAGCACCGUACAAGAAGCCAGGGCCACUGAGAGUAACAUGGAGCCUUGUUAUGGCAGCCAGGCAACAAUCAGAGCACUCAUCAUUCUCAACGCUGAUCCGCGGUCUAUUUUUAUCACUGAGACAACGCUCCAAUUAAUUUGGGCAUAUGUGAUGAUGUUCAGGGAGAUGCAGGACUGAGGAGAAGGAACAGCACUGUGCACCGGGCAGCUUGGGUGAAGCAGACGACCCUAAACAUCUACUCCUUUAUACACUGAUAUGUGUAUAAGCUUGGGUUGAGAUGUGGCGAUAAUGAGCUAAUUUUGGAAAUUGACGCAGACGUACAGGACAACAUGUGAAGGUGGUGCCUUAGUUCCAGGUCUCCUGCCAUGAGCUAAGCCCCCCAGUGGCCUGUGGCAGGAUGACUGCUGUGUACCCGGCUGGGGGGGGCUCCGUCAGGGUCUCAGAAGUGGCCACGGGUCCCCAGCGCUAUGCCCGAUGGAGCCGACAAGACAGCUCCGACAUCUGCACGGACGACGAGGGGACCCAGUCGCGCCGCCUCACCCCACUGGAGAAGCUCAAUCUGGACAUGUGCCAGGAUGAGAAGAUGGUGAGAGAGCUCACCGUGGGCCGCCGCAUCGGCUUCUACAAGAUACGUGGCGAGAUCGGCUGUGGAAACUUUUCCCAUGUCAAGCUGGGCAUCCAUGCGCUGACGAAAGACAAAGUAGCCAUCAAGAUCUUGGACAAAACCAAGCUCGAUCAGAAGACCCAAAGGCUGCUGUCCCGGGAGAUAUCAAGCAUGGAAAAGCUGCACCAUCCAAAUAUCAUCCGUCUGUAUGAGGUGGUGGAGACGCUGACCCGUCUGCACCUGGUCAUGGAGUACGCAGGCGGAGGAGAGCUCUACACGAAGAUCAGCACAGAGGGGAAGCUCUCUGACAUCGACAGCAAGAUCGUCUUCUCUCAGGUUCUCUCAGCUGUGAAGCAUAUGCACGACAAUAACAUCAUUCAUAGAGACCUGAAAGCAGAGAAUGUUUUUUACACCUGUAGCACCUGCGUUAAAGUGGGAGACUUUGGCUUCAGCACCGUCAGCCGCCGUGACGAGACCCUCAACACCUUCUGUGGUUCUCCCCCUUACGCCGCUCCUGAGCUCUUCAGGGAUGAGCACUACAUAGGUGUUUGCGUAGACAUCUGGGCCCUGGGGGUCAUGCUUUUCUUUAUGGUGACCGGCACCAUGCCCUUCCGUGCCGAAACGGUGGCCAAGCUGAAGCGCUGCAUCCUGGAUGGGACGUACACAGUGCCUACUUGGGUGCCGGACCCUUGCCAGAAACUAAUCCGCGGCAUCCUGCAACCCCAGCCAUCUGAUCGCUACACCGUAGAGCAGAUGAUGGGCUGUGAGUGGCUGCUGCCGGUGGAGUUUCCCAAGGCCAUGGAGCCCUUCAAACUGGACCCGCUCCAUCUGGCUGAGUCUAAGCCAGGGGAGCUUGAAGAGCAUGAGAUAGAGGUGAGGAACGCCCUGGAGGCUCUUGGCAUCACCGCAGACCACAUUCGUAACAACCAGGGCAAAGACUGCAGGAGCUCCAUCACUGGAGUCUAUCGAAUCCUCUUACACCGUGCACAUAAACGACAAGCGGUGGAGAGCAUGCCAGUAGUUACUCACGUAGUGAACGGAACUGAUGCUAAAAAGGACCGUCUGAAGACAUACAGGAGCCUUAGACAUACGUCUAAACUCUGCAUCAUUCUGUGAUGCUCAGAAAACGUAUACAUAAUAAUGGACAGCUCACAGGAGCUAUAGUUCAGCUAGUUAUAUUUGAUAUACCUCUUUUGUUAUCUUUUUUCAAUUGAAAACGAAAUGAAAUCAAUGAAUGUCUCUAAUAAACUAGUCUAUAUGAAUGAAUGGAAAGUAUGAACGUUUGCAAGUGAGUGAGAGCAAGACAUUUGUAAUGUCACGGAUGUCAUGUCAUAAAUGUAUGUAAUAAAGUGCUUUGGACUGCUUUGUUUCAAACAUUCCCUUUGCAGUCUGCCUCUAAUAUAUAUUUA